AUGGCAACUCCGGGGGCUUUAGGGGAUGGGGUCCCAUCAGGGGGUUCAGGUGGACGUUUGAACCCGGUGGAGACGUUACAAGAAGAAGCGAUUUGCGCCAUUUGUUUGGAUUAUUUCGUCGAUCCCGUUUCCAUCGGUUGCGGCCACAAUUUCUGUCGUGUUUGUAUCUCUCAAUUAUGGGGUGGGGGUGAAAGUGAUUCUGAGGUGACCUCAGGAGGAAGGAUGGUUGGUGGUGGUGGUGGUGGUGGGUUGGAAGAAGAUUUAGAAGAUGAAGAAGAAGAUGAGUUGGAUGAAGAUGAGUUGGAUGUGGAGCAAGAGGAGGAAGAUGGUGGCGGGGAGGAAGAGGAAGAGGAGGAAGAUGAUAUGUGGAGCGAAGAAGAUGAUGAUGAUGAUGCUGAUUUAUGGGAAGAUCCCGUGGAGGAGGAGAUGUGGGAUGGUGGAGUUGGUGGAGAACUUUACUUUGGAGAUGAGGAUUACGAUGAAGAUGUGAUGGAGGAAGAUGUAGAGGAAGAAGAAGAAGAAGAAGAGGUUGAAGAAGAAGAAGAAGAAGAAGAAGAAGAAAUCCAAACACCACCACCACCACCUCCUCCUCCUGUCCUCACCGCUCGACCUCGACGUCUUCAAACCUUCACUUGCCCUCAAUGUCGAAAAACCUUUUUCCAAAGAAAUUUCAGACCCAACCUUCAAUUGGCCAACAUGGUCCAAAUCAUCCGUCAACUCCACCCUCAUCCUCAACGUCUCGUUCCACCUACGGCAGGUCCUUCCAUUUCAGGAGCUGUUUCAGGUCUCCCAGGAAUUUUAAUAACGGUGGGUGGUCCAGGAUCACCUAAUUUAUGUCAAAAACAUCAAGAACCUCUCAAACUUUUUUGUGAAGUGGAUGAAGAAGCCAUUUGCGUGGUUUGUCGGGAAUCCAGGAGUCACAAACAUCACAGCGUGGUUCCUCUCGAGGAGGUGGUGCAGGAUUACAAG